GGGCGGGGCGGGGCGGGCGGGGCCGGGCGCUCGGCCGGCGGCUCAGAGCUCGGGCGGCGCGCGGAGUGCGGGUCGCGGCGGAGCGGGCGCCGGCGGCUGGGGGUCGCCCGGGACACCCGGGGCUUGCCGAGCGCGCCGCCGCCCGCCGUCCCCAGGGUCCCCCGAUCGCGCCGGCCCGCGCCCGCUCCCCCAGCGCCAGGUGCGGGAGCGCGGUCCGCGUCCGGGAGGAGCGGCGGCCGGCGCGGGGCACUCGGCGGGCCGCCCCCCCGGGACCGGAGCCGCGCGCCCGCCGCCGCCGCUGGGCUGACUGCCCGGCUGGGCUCGGCCGCGUCCGGGUUCCGCGCCGCUGGGGCGCGGGCGCGGUCGGGGGUUGCGGGGCCUCGAGUCCGCGUCCCGGGCCGGGCGGCCGGCGAGCAUGGAGGAGAAGUACCUGCCGGAGCUGAUGGCCGAGAAGGACUCGCUGGACCCCUCGUUCACGCACGCCCUGCGGCUGGUGAACCAAGAAAUAGAAAAGUUUCAGAAAGGAGAAGGAAAGGACGAAGAGAAGUACAUUGAUGUGGUGAUUAAUAAGAACAUGAAGCUGGGACAGAAAGUGUUAAUUCCCGUAAAACAGUUCCCUAAGUUCAACUUUGUGGGGAAGCUUCUGGGUCCACGUGGCAAUUCUCUGAAGCGUUUACAAGAAGAGACCUUGACCAAAAUGUCCAUUCUUGGCAAAGGCUCCAUGAGAGACAAGGCAAAGGAGGAAGAGCUGAGGAAAAGCGGGGAGGCCAAGUACUUCCACCUGCACGAUGACCUGCACGUCCUCAUCGAGGUGUUCGCCCCGCCCGCCGAGGCCUACGCCCGCAUGGGCCACGCCCUGGAGGAGAUCAAGAAGUUCCUCAUUCCCGACUACAACGACGAGAUCCGCCAGGCGCAGCUGCAGGAGCUGACAUACCUGAACGGCGGCUCGGAAAGCGCGGACGCCCCCGCGGCCCGAGGGAAAUCUGCCUCGCGCACCAGAGGCGUCCCCACCCCAACGACAGGCAGGGGCAGGGGAGGCGUCACCGCCCGGCCCGUUGGCGUUGUGGCCCCCCGAGGGGCGUCGGCGUCCAGGGGAGUCCUUUCCACCCGAGGGCUUGUGAGUCGGGGACGAGGCCUUCUCACCCCCAGAGCAAGAGGAGUCCCCCCAACCGGGUACAGACCUCCACCGCCACCCCCAACGCAGGAGACCUACGGCGAUUACGACUAUGACGAUGGCUAUGGCACUGCGUAUGACGAGCAGAACUACGAUUCCUACGAUAACAGCUAUAGCGCCCCGGCCCAGAGCGGCGCUGAUUACUACGACUACGGCCACGGGCUCAGCGACCAGACGUACGAUUCCUACGGGCAAGAGGAGUGGACCAACUCAAGACACAAGGCUGCCUCCGCGCGGACAGCGAAGGGCGUCUACCGAGACCAGCCAUAUGGCCGCUACUGAUUGUACUGACUUUCUGAUGUUGUGAAAUAGCCCAUCUCCACCCGUCCUGUAAACUGUUCAAAGUAAUUUUUUUCUAUGAACAAUCCCCUUUUUAAAUAAAUCAAAAUGCCUAAAAAUCUGAAUGGAUGGAACUUAAAACUACUUUGUGGAAACAUCAACCUGGGAAGAAAGAGAAAAAAAUAAAAAAGACAUGUAAAAUUUUGUUAUUUCCAGCCUGUACAUGAAAAAAAAAAAAAAAUAGGUCAUCAAAAGGAAAAACACACACACAACUUUGAUUAACUAGUGUUAAACAAAAAAAUAGGUUUACUAAACAUGUUAAUCCAUCCUUUAACAUAUGCCUCACCUUUCAUUUUAAAGGUUUCCAUAGAGUUUAGUUAUUUUAUCUUUCAGCCAUAUGCCAGUUUUUUUUUUUCCCUCACGUAAAAAGGGAAGCCAAUUACAAGUGCAAAUAAUGUGGUAUUCUUUUUGUAACUCCAGUCUUGAAAUGUUCUGUAGUGUUAAGCAAACUUUCCUCUUGCUUGAUACUAAAUAAACUUUUGAAAGAAA